AUGUUCAUUUUGAUUCCAAAGACUAGGAGAAAGCGAACGUCUCCGCCUAAGAUGUCUGUAACAGAUCUGUCCCGGUUUAGUCAUGAGAAUAGCAGUGGCAAGGAUGGAGGACAGAGCGAGGUGCUUCUCAAUCCCUGCUCUGCUACAGUGAGUGCUGCGAGUGAAGCUUCUGAUAAAUGGCAUCACUUUGCUUCUGCUGAAGAGAAAUUUUUCAAACAGCGCUCUUGUAUCAAGUGGCUUCAGGUCGGCAAGAAACAAGAUCAAACUAUUGAUUACAGAAUCAGGGGAGGUUCUUACAAAGCUCUUGGAUAUCAAACACGCUGCCGUAACACACUUCCAAAGGUUCCUCCAGACAACACCGCAGACGGCAGGAAAUAUUUCGGUCAUUGA